AUGAGUUAUGCAAGUGGCGGUCAAGACCCAGACAAGAAUCGUAAACACGUCUCUGGAGCAGCAAAAUGCAAAGCGAAGGAACAACGUGCCGCACAGGAACGCAACCUAUUGAGCAAAGUACCCAAAAUCUCAACACUGUUUAGUUCCAAUAGCAGCGCUCCAAAUCCAAGCGGUGAGACUAGCGACUUGGACGCCAGUAGUAGCAGCAUCUCUGUAGAUGUACUUGCGGAUGUGCAAUCUCAGCAUCAUGAUGAUGGCGCUAGUGCAUCGAGCACAACUGUGUCUGAGACAAUACCGGCAACAGAGACAUCUGUAACAUCUAAUGAUCCUUCCGAUCCCCAUUCGUGUGAUUUAGGAUUGUGGCCUGAUAACAUUUCGAACAGUAUGAGAGAAUACUGGGCAACGAAAGGAAGUAGCGACUGCAGUAAUUCGGACGCAGAUUUUAGUGCUACGUCUACACUACUCGAAGGAGGUAAAUACAAGCGACAGUGCCAGAAAAGUAUGUUCACGUAUACGCACCAACUCACGAAGGAGCAACAUCCUCGCACUUGGCUCUGUUACUCACCAUCCCAACAUGCACUGUACUGUUUUGCAUGCAAACUGAUGACAGAUGUCUCCGUUUUUGGAAAGCAGGGAUGCAGUGACUGGAAACACGCUUCUCAACAAAUUUCACGCCAUGAGAGAAGUUCAAAUCACCAACAACCCAUGGUUCAGGUACUACAAUGCAGUGAUGCAAAUUCUCGUGUUGAUUUAGAACUAGUCAAACAGACGAAGACAGAGCGCGAGUAUUGGUGCUCAGUCCUGGAGCGGGCGGUCGAAACUAUUCGCUUACUGGGUGAGCGUGGCUUAGCAUUUCGUGGCUCAGAUGAAGUUGUCGGUUCAGCCAAGAACGGAAACUACUUGGGCGUAUUGGAACUGGUGGCAAAGUUCGAUCCCUUUCUUGCGCAGCAUAUUAAGUUACACGCAAACAAGGGACGGGGUCACACAUCUUAUCUGUCUAAGACAAUUUGUGAAGAAUUAAUCGAUUUGAUGGGAAAUCGUGUGCUCGAUCACAUUAUUUCGGAAGUGAAGUCGGCAAAAUAUUUCUCGGUUUCUGUAGAUUCAACCCCAAAUGUAUCUCACGCUGAUCAGCUCACCUGCAUUCUAAG